UUUUAAAAGAAUAAGAAUAUAUUGUACACUAAAUGAAAACAUAACUGUUUUGCAUAAAAGUUUUAGUGUUAUAGAUUUAUUAAAAAUGCAGCUCGGCAUUAUUAUUUUUAUAUAUUUUACUUAUAUAGGCCAAGUAUUGAAUAAUCAAUUAAAAACAGAAAAAAAACAAUAUUUAAAAUUUGUUGUUACAUUAGUAAAUCAUAUUUGUGUCCAAGAAGGAUGGAAUUCAAUUAAACAUUUGCAGUUGGAUAAUGCGUACAAUAAUAUUACAAUAGAAAAAUUAUUUGCACAAAAAAUUAACAAUGAAAAUAUUAUGACCGUGUUUAAUAUUGUUGUUUGUUUACUUAACUACAGAUAUAGUGAGGUAAUAAGAAAUUAUGUUGAGUUUAUUACUUUAAGUAUACAAGAAUGUGAAAAGUAUGCAACAGCAAAUUUAUUCAGAGAUUUUAUUGAUUGCACAUUAAAUAUUGAACAUGGAGUAAAAAAUUCUAUUAUUAUGUUUGACAAAUUAUAUCAAGUUAUGACGUUUUUGAGUCAUAUAGAUAUAAAAAAUUAUGAAACUCCAUUCGUCCUGGUAGAUGAAAUUUAUUUUGCCUAUCAUGUUACAAAUGCCAUGAAAAUUACAGAUCAAUCAUUUUAUAUUGACCAGGAUGGUAAUUUUAUACCUAAAAAUGCGACUUAUGUACUUUCAAGUAUUAAAACAUUCAUUGGUCGAUUGUAUUACAUAGUAAAAAGUAACGAAAGGAAUAAUCAUAUUCUGGAUAAACUACCCGAACCAAUUAACUAUCAAUUGAUUUUUGAAAAGCAAUAUUUAAAUUUAAAAUCAGUAAAUUCCAAUUUAAGAAUUAUCGAUUGUGUGUUAUAUAUGCUAAAUUCAUUUUACAAGAACACCAUAACUAACGAUUAUGAAAACCUUGGAUUUAGAGAAAUAAUUAAUCCGCUUUUAUACAAAUGUGAUCAUUUAUUUUAUGGACCUCCGUGUUAUUUUGUUCCACAUGAAAAGGGAAUAGUAAAUAUGAAUAUUAUGAUUAAGGAGGGUAACUGGAAGACUUUGAAACAUCUAUAUAUAGAACACAAUAAUAAAGUAUUAAGUGUAAACCGAGUUCUUAGAGAUCAAGCGAAUAAUAUAAAUUUUCAUCUCAAAAGACAGCAUUUCACUCUACUGUUAAGGUGUAGAUUUUAUAACAUAUUACAAAACUUCUAUUCACAUUUAUCUAAAAUUUUUAAUAUUUGUAAUUUAGAAAAGUCUAAUAUUUUGAUACGGUACAGUCCCAAUAGAUAUAUUAAAUGCGUAAGUAGUUUUUUUAUGUCUAUUAAAAAUAUUGAGGUAUUUUUAAAUUAUUUGAAUACCGCAAUGAACAAAUUGAAACAGGCUCUUAUUUGGUAUGAAAACGGAGCAUUUUAUUGUAUAUCACCAAUAAGGAACAUAGUAAAUAAUGUACUUCAUUGGAUGACAUUAAAGAACUUGUCUAGAACUGAAUUUUGUAACUCAAAUAAUUUAAAAAUUGUAGCAGACAAUUAUAUGGAUGACGCAAAAUAUAUGAUUUCCUCAUUACAAUUAGUUAUGAAAAAUGGAUCGCUAGUUUAUAAAAAACAUUGCUUCUAUCAUGAAAAUCCUUUUCUUUCAAAAAAAGAAAUUUUAGAGAUGAAAAAAAAAAACGAAAAAUGUAUAAAUAUUGUUACAUUACCUAAUAUUUAUAUCAAUUAUCAAGAGGCUUGUGAUGAAUUAGAUAAGUUGUGUAAAGAUUUUGUCAAUAUUGAAUAUGAAAAUUUAGGAUUUGAUAAAAUUAAUUGAAAAUUUGCUUGUUAUUUUCAUACCAAAUUUUUUAAAUCUAGAAUAAUUCAUUAAAUUUAUUUAUCUAUCAU